GUACGCGUGCCAUUUUUGGUUACAACUGAAACAAUUGAGCACCCAGUAAUAGGCUACAAUGUGAUUGAAGAAAUUGUGACAAAUGAACACAAUGAUUUAUUGUCAGAAAUUCAAUCUUCAUUUGUUGGACUUGACAAUGGUGCAGCACAAGCAUUAAUUAACUUUGUUCAAAGUGCUGACAGUGAUUAUUUAUGCAAUGUAAAAACAAGCAAAAGAGACGUUGUUAUACCAAGUGGUAAACAGGUAAACAUUCAGUGUCGAGUUAAUACAGGUCCAAUUUGUGGGACUACCCCAGUUUUAUUCGAACCAGAUGAAACAAUGCCUUGGCCCUCCUGCCUAGAAAUCAAUGAGACAUUGCUAACAGUAAAGAAAGGGAAGACUAAUUUUAUCGAAGUGCAGGCGAAUAACCCAACAAAUCAUGAUAUUGUUAUUAAGCGACGGACAGUGUUAGGACGAUUACAACUGGUACGGUCUGUAACCGCAAUACCAGUAAAAUUGAGAGAGGAAACCGUUGAGAAUGGUUCUCAGGUAGACCAAACUUGUAAAGUUAGUGAAUGUUCUGUUGCUUUCACUAAUGAAACCCAACCCAUGGUGGGCAUCCCUGACCACAUCAAGAACAUUGACUUAAAGGGGUUAACACCAGAACAAAGAUCAGUUGCGCUAAGGAUGUUAGCUCAAGAAGCUGACGCAUUUUCACAGAACGAUGAUGACAUUGGGUGUAUCCCAGAUCUGAAAGUAACAAUCAAAUUGAACGAUGAGACACCAGUACAAAAGAACUACACAGCAGUGCCAAGACCGCUUUAUCCUGAGGUUAAAAGUUAUGUUGAAGAUCUCUUGAAUAAGAACUUCAUCAGGAAGUCAACAUCCCCUUACAGUUCACCUGUAGUAUGUGUCCGGAAAAAGGACCAAACGCUUCGGCUCUGCAUCGACUAUCGAGAACUAAAUAAAAAAGCAUCCCAGAUCGCCACCCUAUACACAGGAUCCAAGAGACACUUGACAGUCUUGGGGGAAAUUCAUGGUUCUCAGUAUUGGACCAAGGAAAAGCAUACCAUCAAGGUUUUAUGA